AUGAAGUGUAUCAUCCCGAAACUGGAACGACCUGGCGUUUUCUUCAUGCUGCCAUUCGCCAACAUGGAUAUAAGCUCAACCCGCGAGGUCGAGCCCCCAGAGCUGAUCGCACUCGAUUCUUUCUUUUCAAUGUCACUCUUCAGGCUAGAAAGACUGCGGUUCGUGCCGGACGUGCUGCUCAAUCUGUGGACGUGGGACCUUGUGAUGUGGAAUUCGAUG